UUUAUGUUAUAUCUGUAUUUGUUUUCUGUAGUUGUUUUUGAAGGAGAGUUUACAUGAACAACUGGAAGAAGCCAGAUCUGCAAAGCUUAAUCGCAUGGCAGUUGUUAUCCAAGCAAGGGUGAGCUACUGUACAGUUGUUGUUGUUGUUUACUGUUUUCACAGCUUUUGUAAAUAAUUUACUUGUCAGUUUGUCUUAAAAACGAAUAUUGCUUUACAUGUAACCGGUAUAUAUAUAUAUAUUUUUGGAAUGCAGAUGCGUGGGUAUUUCGUUAAUAGCAAGUAUCUCAAGAUGAAAAAAGCUUCAAUUGUCAUUCAAAGCAACACAAGACGGUUCCUGCAAAGGUAGACGGCAUUUCCGACAAAUUUUAGUUUCAAGUGCUUGCCAGGACGUUAAUAAUUGUCAACUAAUAAACGAUGGCACGCAAAGGGAAAUAACAGCCCACAUUAAGCAUUUUUAGUGCCUCCUUUUUGUUUACUACUGAGGAGAAUCAAGUUAAUUCAAAUCAAGUUUAAAGGAGCUAUAUAACGCUAUUGCUAUCUCUUUAUUAAAAAGCAAAUGCCUUUGCAUCAAUUUAAUUCCAAAUAUAAUAGUCCAAUUUUGGUAUUCAAGACUAUAUUUAGGCAUAAAAACUGUUUCCUGUCAUCUGUAACUACAGAUGACAAGGCUUAAUGCUAUGCCUGCAAAAAUCAUCAAAAAAUUAUUAUGGCUGGCGCUCCCUAUUUAAAGAAAAAUGGUUUGAUUCCCUUUUCAUAACUCUAGCGGAGCAUUUUGUACAUGGAUAAAGGCACUGACUGAUGACUUAAGCGCAGAACUAAUCCCCCCGGGGGUGGGGUGGCGGCAGUCAAGGGACGUUUCGAUAGAGGUGUCAGGCCGCCUAGGCCUUCAAACCCUGACCCUGGUUAAAACAGAAGUGGUUCAUUUCGUUAGAAUACCCUGUCUGAGACAAGAGACCUUAUUUUAUGACAGCGAUCCAUGUCGUUUCGCCAACAGAAUAAAGCUUUUUUUAACAUCAUGGAACUUUUUUCGUGAUAACCACGUUUUUUUGAAUACUCUAAGUCACAGUAGUGUCAGCUUCCAUAAAAUGAAAGGUCCAAAAUAAUACCCUCUUUUUAAAAUUAACUACAUUAACUCAUUAUUACGAGUAUUGUGUGGUUUUUGAAAUCACUUAUGUUCAGGAUUGAAUGCACGUUACUUUAGUAAAUUUACUUAUUUUUCAGUUAGUUGAAAAAUGGGAAAUGUGAAAGGACUAGGACUCAAGUAUUGUUUGUGUCUAAAGUAACUAGCACGUUUUUAAAUAAUACUUAUCAAAGCUCUAAGAAUCGCAACUCUUGACUUGCGAGAAGGCAUCACUUAGCUUUUUAUUGUAUGUUUAAUGAGGUGUUUUUUUUACUUUUAGGAAAAUGGUUGUGAUUAGUUCUUGUGUCUUUGUACAAUGUAAUAACAUUAUUAAUAAUACUUUGCUUUUACUUUGGUUGCACAGGAGAAAGUUCCAAAAAGCAAGGAAAGGAAUUAUUCUUCUUCAAGCAAUUUACAGAAUGAGAAAUCAACGUCAAGUCUUUCUGCGUGUAAGUCUUGCCUGACACACCCACAUUUGUAUUUUAUUUCAUUUCGGUUUCGUUUUUAUUUAUAUAUUCUUAGAGCUCCAGAAUUUUAGGAAGCGAGAACACUUUUUUAAAAAUAAUAAGAUCUACAUGGAAUAAAUCAACCUGGCUUAGAAAUAGGUGGCUAUACAUAAUUAUUCUCAUAUUGCCUCAGUAAAAAACUGCUUGUGGCUCAAUGUGAGCGUUCAUGCUCCAAGUGAUUCUGAACACCAGUCAACAACUGAACCUCUUUUAAUGCCUGUGAAGGGAAAUCUUGCAUUGCUUACGUCCUGUCCCUUGUUCAUUCUUAUGGCCACUCCUCCUUUAACUUGUUCGUAGUAGUUUCAGUAGUUUCUAUAGAAGGGCCUUGAAAUAUAAAUCUUUCUUGAUCUCAUGUCCUGAUUAGAUUACGACAAAUAGUAGGAUUUUCACCAUUACAGCAUUUAAAUUGUUAGUAUUACAGUGACGUUAAUAAAUAUAAGGCAUAAAAUUCGUCGAGCGGAAGUAGGAUCGAUCCAUAAUUUAGUGCCGAAACAACGCGGAAAGAUGAAUAAAUAGUAUUAUUCGAAUGUGGCUAAAAUAGUCUUGAAGAGUCUUAAAGAGGAGGAAGCGUGAUAUAAAUAGCCUAAAAACUCGUAUUUUUGUUUUGCUUUGUUUUUCUUUUUUCCAUGAAAAUGAAAUUGAUUUAUUGUUGUCAAAAGGUCUGAAGUAGGCUUUUAUAAGUAUAGAUAUAAUAGCAUGAUUGGUAGUGAUAUUUGGCAUAAAUACUGACCACGAGUGAUAUUUCGAAAUUGUCAUACGUAAUUUCACGAGCCGUUAUUUACGGUAUUUGUGGUAUUCAUGCCAAAUAUCACGUACAGAUCAUGCUGUUAUUUGUUCAUACUACUACCCGCAAAGGUUUUGUAAUUUUCACAUGUAGGUCUUUUAAAUUAAGCUGAAAUACCACUGCUCUAAACCAAUCAAAUUGCAGAAAUUUCUCAUGUCGUAGUAUACAAUGAAAUACCUAAACAAUGUCAUUAAAAAAUGUGUUUAAAUAUAGUCUCAGGUAAUGCACCGAAAAGUCCAUGACGGAAGAACAAUAAUAACACUAAACCUCGCAUAGUCAAACCCUAACUUUGGAACAAGUGUCAAAAAAAAAAAGAAGAAAAAAACGUGAAACUUGAUGAAUAGAUUGCAGUGAUUAUAAUUUCAAUGAAAACAACCCGGACGGGUUGUGUUUGGAGGGAAGGGCGAUAAAACCUCCUUGAAACCGAUAUCCCUUCACCAAGAACUUUUUUCCGUAUAUCUCUGCUGGCCCUCUGGAACUCCCUUUGUUGAGCCAGUUAUAGUGGGUUAUUUGUGAACUAACUGUAGGUCAGUGAGGAACGUCUUUAAAAUGCACAAGAUUCUGGUCCAGUGCGUUUGUUUCCAAAACGUCUUGCUAGUAUCAUAGUUUGUUUAUUUUCACAAUUUUCCUUUUAGUAUGACGUUCGUUAUUGCAGCCAAUAGAUACGUUUUCAGUUCCUGGUUGUCAAUUUCAAGAAUAUGAUAAAUAUUUAAUCACGAAUGUUGUAAAUUUAAAUUAUAUCUUUGGUAGCUUGAUUUCUCAUCUCAUUUUUAUGCUAUGUUUGAAAGCUUUUUAGAAUAAAAUUUGUAAAGAACGGUGAUGCAUGUUUUUGCAUAUUUUCUAACAUCUUCUGCAGUUCUACUAUUUUAGUCUGUUAUGGCCAUGGUAGUUAAUGAAGCCGCGUUGUUUUUAACUGUAUUUUUGAGUUUUCGGAAUUUUCUAUGAUAGGACAUUCAAAUUUCACUUGAUAGUGGUUUCAAAAGUAUUUUUACAAACUGAACUGUGGAGUAAGUUUUGGUUCGAAGUGGUUAUGUUCCGCUCCGGCCUCUGCCAACCUCGGUGUUUAUAAAAACUGAAUAAACUCCCGAGACCAAGUUUUAAUGCGAUGUAAUGUCUUAAGUCUGACUUUAGGGUCUGUGGACAAAAUGUCUGGAUAACAUGGUGUUAUUUAUUUUUAAGGAUAUUUACAAGAUGAAAUUUUGACUUUUUUUGCUAAUGGUUUAUUCUCUUUGUCUUAUUUACUUUUUCAUCUGUUUAUUUAGGAAAGUGGAUUACACGAAAUUGAGUAGAAUGUUUACAUAUCUUUCUGUACUUAAUGUUUAAGUAAAAUCGUGUCGCUGAAACUGGUACUGAAUAAAGCAUUUUUGAAGUUUCGACAGAUAAAAAUUCAUGUAUAUGUGAAUUAUAGAAUCACGUGUGGCUGCAAGUUUAGAUCGAUGUAUACUUGCGUGGCUGAACAAAUAUCACAAUAAUACGACAAUUAGAAAAGCUGACAGAUUUUUUGAAUAUAUUACAUGCUGUUAUUAGCAUAUUAGCAUUUGCAGUUCUAAUAUUGUUCGUGACUUCAUCGGUUUAAAUUACCCAUGUUUAUUGCUCAACAACCACUAAUAUUGUUGCAGUUUUAACCGGAUGGACACGGGAUUUGUAGCAGAUGUUUUGAUAUUUCAGUCAAAUGGUUUUCUGUAAUGCAAACGAAAACCUUCAUCGAGACUGGCUGGUUGAUUGAGUUUUAGAUGAAACUAAAUUGACUGCAUUCUUGUCCAAAACAAUAACUUGAUUCAUCUAUGAGUUUAGUUGUAAGUAAGCGCGUCGAUUUGUUAUAUUUAGCAUAUUAAUUCACCUUAGCUUGUUUUCCCCUGUGUUUCAUAAUUUUACUGUAAAUGUGCAACCUCUAUGUAGUGUAUUGCAACAGCUUACCAAUGUUGAACGUUAGUGUUAAUAACACACUCCAUUAUUGAUAUAAACAUCCCGUAGAACAAGCGGUGAGUAAUUCAAGUGUUGUUUACCGGUUUAUUCAUUUCGCUAUCAACGAAAUAAUUUCAUACAGUUAUAUUUAAGACAUUCAGUACCGGUAGAAAUGUAUCUCUAACCUUGAAAUUCAGAAAAUCAGCCGGUGACAAACGUCCCGGAACUUUUCGGGCCCGAAGUCACAUUUUCAAAUCAAAAUCUACAAAAUAAAGUUGUAGGUCCUAGCUAACAAACCAGUUCAUUUUCGUUUUUUUUUUUAACUGAUAGUUUUUAUCUUAUGAUCUGCAAAACUGUUGAAAACGUAUUCUUGAAUAAAACAGCAAGAGCUUUCCGAGAGCCCGUUUCUCGAAAGCUCCGGUAACUUGUCGGGUCCGAAGACAAAUUUUGAAAUCAAAACCAGUCGAAUAGUAGCAAAAUUCCUAGCUUACAAACCGAUCAAUUUUUCUUCGUUAACUCUUAAUUUCAUUGCGUCAUUUUCAAAGUUAUUGAAACUUUUAUCUUGAAUGCAAACAUAGCAAACAUAAAUCAGCUUUUCGGGCUUGAAAAGUUAUCGGGACUUUCGAGGCUUGUUUAUAAUAAUAAUAAUAAUAAUAAUAAUAUACAGUAUUUAUAGAGCGCUAAUUCCCAAUGGUUCAAAAGCGCUUUGCAUAAUAAAAAUAACAACAAAAUCCUAAACCUACAAAACUACAUUGUCAUUCUACAAAAAUUCCCAAUGGUCCAAAAGCGCUUCACAUAAUAGUAUAUCGAGAAUCCCGAGAAACGUGGCCAGGAUCCGUGUUAUCAGUUAGCGGAAAAUGUUCAUUCGAGUGAGUGUAGUGCUGAAUAGUGUGGUAGUCAACAUCAAAUGACGUUUGUUUUUAUGUAUACACAUGUUUGACUUUCAAAAACGCAUCCAUUGAAGUAUAUUUAAAAUACUAUAGUAUUCUGUGACAGUUUUUGUCAAAUUAUGAAUGCUUACAAGAAGAGUUAACAACCCUUUUUGUGGCCAGUCACUUUUUGAGUGCUAAAGUGUCCCCUGACAGGAUAUUAAGACCGAAUUUCGGGACCCAGAAAAAGUGUCCCUUUCUCCUGAAUAGAGGUGUCCCUUCAAUAGAGGUUACAGAUACCAAGAUUACGUUAACAUAUUUUUUUGUGGAACCAAAUUUUCUGUCCCCUGAAUAGAGGUGUCCCUUCAAUAGAGGAAACAAAACAAAGAUUAUGUGAACAUUUUUGUGGAACCAAAUUUUCUGUCCCCUGAAUAGAGGUGUCCCUUCAAUAGAGGAAGCAAAACAAAGAUUAUGUGAACAUUUUUGUGGAACCAAAUUUUCUGUCCCCUGAAUAGAGGUGUCCCUUCAAUAGAGGAAACAAAACAAAGAUUAUGUGAACAUUUUUGUGGGAGCAAAAUUUGUGCCCGCUCAAUAGAGGUGUUUCUUCAAUAGAUGUAACAAAUACAAAGAUUAUUUGAACAUUUUUCUGGGACCAAAUUCUGUGUUCCCUGAGUGGAGGGGUCCCGUGAAUAGAGCUGUACCAAAGAAGAGGCUCCACUGUAAGAUUGUUCCAGUUUCUGCUUCUUAUGCAGCCUGUGUGGCAGGCGUUAAAAGGGGAAGGGAAAGGUGGAACUUGGGCGCGCGAGGUCUCGCACCUUAAUUCCCUUCCCCUUCUCUUUCGAACGCCUGCCACGCAGGCUACUUCUUAUGCAUGAAGUGUUAACUCAAGUACAGCUGGUGCAUUGUAUAAUGAAAGUGUUCUUUUUCAAAGCAGAUCCGUAAUGCAAGAGACAAGAAAACGUGGGCGACCCAAGCAGUGCCUGCAACUUUGUCUGAAGAAGUCAUGGCGGCUCCUGAGCUAACAGUUAGUAUCAAAUAUGUGCUUUUCCAAUUAAAUUUAACCUUUUUCCUCCUAAACGUGACCAAAGUCAAAAUUCACCAAAAUUUCCAAAUUUUAUUUUGUAAAUUGCUAAAAAGCAGAUAGCACCAGGUGAAAGAACUGCAUGCCAAAGAGGUUUGACUUGAAUUGCCAUACCAUAGGAUAUCACAACUCCACAGACUCAAAAGAAAGAAUCUCCAUCAUUCCGUUUAAAAGCGAUCGUAUGGAUUGAUUUCUUUUGAUGGGGCCGAAUAUUUCAGCGAAGUCUAGCUUAGAUCAUGGUUUAGACGAUCUUUUCACAAGUGGACGUUCUAUUAAGCAGGCGAAUGUCUUUCUUGUCUUUACUGUACUAGUACAUAACAAUGCACAGUCUCACAAUAAACAAUGCCUGGAUACUCACAUUGGCCGGUGUUAAAAAAAACCCUUAAGAAUGUAGUUUUGUUAAGCACCGGCUAAACUGUGUUUUAAAUUCUUUUAAAUUUAACCCUUGUCGUUUAAAAUUAACUUGGAAGAAAAGGAUGAAGUGUGCUCUAUUCUGACAACAUUAAUUGGACUUCUGCUACCAGCGAGAUUCCAGUCUCUGCCCAGGAUUGUACAUAUUUACUGUUAAGCUGUACAUUGUUUUUUUUCUGAUUUCCAUGAAUGAAAGUUUAGCAAGCUGUGUUCAACUUGUCGUAAUUCUCACAUAAUAGACCCUUCACUGUUUUCUUUUCACCUUAUGAUGAAGAGAAUUAAGCGAAUAUUCAUCGCCAUUGCUGGAAAAAGGCCUUUAACGUAAGGUAACUUUCCAAGUUCAAAGGUGAUACGUCCAAAGAGAGCGAAGAUAUUGCUAUACAAAGUCGUUUGCUAUACAGACGUUUGUAUGGUGAGGCCAAGAACUUGCCCCCCCCUCUCCACCCCUCCCCACCAUAUCACUAUGUCUUCGGUAGUUUUCAACUAAUCACUUUCAAACUUCGCAGCGUUGCUGAUUUCAAGGCGUUCUAUCCAGCCGAGUUAACGGAUUUUCGCUAACUGGUCUCAGUCAAAAAGACGUGGAAGGGUCUAUAACCGUCUUGCUUAUUAUUGCUUUUGAAUUCUCUGCAGGAAAUCGAGAGACAAAGUCCCACAGAUGUCACACAUCUUGAUAUUCCUGCUGAUUUGGCACUAGUCUUUGCCAACAUCCACGGUAAGAACGCAUGAAUGACUGCUUAAUGUCAAAAAUUUGACCACAGAGCCGUUUUUCAUUUUAGUUACUUUUCCGAUAGUCAGCGCCUCGCUGAAGCCUGGUUCACGCAAGCACAUUUUUUGUGACAAUGUUUUUGUACUCGUGUACUCGAGAAAGUGCAUUUAUCCAAAUAUUUUGUGAGAUAUGUAGUUAGAUGUCAGUUGUUAUAGUUUGUAUGGUAAUCCAUGACAAUCAACAGUAACAAUCCUGUUAAACAUUUAAGUAACUAGUGAAACACAGGCAGAUUAUUUAGACUUUCUUAAAGUAGGGUGAGUUGAAAUGGAAUCAAAUAGGGACGGUAAAGUGAGGACGUUUUAAUUCUUUUCAGCAAAAUUAUGAUCUUGACGAAACAAAUGCAUUGCGGUAAAUCUUACGAUGGACUCUAAACCUCCCAAUAGAUUCUUCAUUCAAGGCGUCGAAUCUGCUAGCAUAAUUAUCCCCUUACUUCAAUUGCAUUCGACGAUACAGACAUUCUUAGUCACUAUUGAGCUCACCACAAACGGUAAUUAUGAAUGUUAAUAGUUUUAAUAAUGAUGUUAAUUAACGUAGGUAUUGAUACAAUAUUUUUGUUUUUAAAAAUAAGACUGGUCUUUGACCCAUGGAAACUCUAUUAAAGAAAACAGAGGAGAAAUAAUCAAGAAAGAUUAUGCAACAUCAGAGUUACCGGGGGAUAUUAAUGAAUUCCCUUUCUCCAAGUUUGCUCAUGAACACUUCCAAGUAAGAGAACUCUUUAUUUUAAAGUUCCACUUUGAAAUGAUAUCGUUUUUUCAUAUUUGCUGUUUCCAUUAUGUACACCACUUCCAGAUAACUAACAAUAAGCAUUUUGACAUUUUCAAAGAAAUGUUGUCUGAUUUUGAUUUUGAUGUUGGCUUUCUUCUUUUUUUGCCUAAAUCAUCAUCAUCAUCGUUAUCACCACCACCACCACCAUCAUCGUCAUCAUCGUCAUCAUCGUCAUCAUCGUCAUCAUCAUCAUCAUCGUCAUCGUCAUCGUCAUCGUCAUCGUCAUCGUCAUCGUCAUCGUCAUCGUCAUCAUCAUCAUCGUCUUCGCUAUCACAAUUAACAUCUUCAUAAUUGCCAUCGUCUUCAACAUUAUUAAGCAGUUUCAGAUGUCACAGGGGCGGCGGCGUCGAGAACGUCAAAAACAGUAGGUUUAAUGAGCAAAACCACUCUGCUCGCACGUUACAAUUUUUGGUGCUUUCUUUGCCCUCACCGCUCGACGCGUGAGAUUUUCUAAUGCUACGUUUUGUGAACGACGGAUACACGGAAAGACAUUUUUUGAACUUGUUUUGGAUGCUGUUCCUUUGAUUUCAACUCAAGGAGCCGCCUACAUUUGACAAACUGAGGGAGCUGGAAUCACCGCGAUGACGUUGAAAAGAGCGUGGGUUCACUUAAUAAGCGACGUUUUCGCUGCCUUCGCUUUCCUGUCUCUUAAACUCUUAAUUAUCAUUUUAUUUGUGACAAAGCUUUUUUGCCUGCCUUGGUUGUAUCUAAACGUUUUUGAGAAGGUCUAUCUUUUUAUUUGUAGAGUGAACACCAAUGGCGUAUGCUGAGAACUCCGCUACGGACCAGCUUGUUACAUAUCAAGUAUUCUGACAGUGUGUUGGCAACCAGCCUCUUUCAGUUGGUAAGCAGAUUCUGGUGUCAUACAUUCCAUGGUAUCAGUAAACUGUUAAAGAAAGGGAUUGACAACACUGUGAUGUGCUUCGAUUGCCUUCCUUUAUCGAAAUAAUUCCUUUUUUCUUUGCUUUUUGUUUUUCUCACAACAUAGGUAAUGCGAUUUAUGGAUGAUGAGUCCAUUACUGGUCCCAAAGAAUUUGCUGUUGGUAACUAUUUGGUGCAAAUGGUGAGAUCAUUUUCUGCUUCCUUUCGUGCAGAUAAGCCGAACAGUUACAUCUGAUAAGUUACUUUGUUACUUGAUGGUUGGAAAAAAGGAACAAAUUCUCUAAAAUUUGUUAGAAAUGAAGUGCCACACGGAAGCCAACAUGUCUCAUAACUGGCUCUGCAGGUGAAAGGGUCAAACAUGUUUGGAACACCCCCAUCACCCCUAUAGAUGACAUUUUCUGAAGGCAUUUCUAGAGAGCUUUUCUAAGGGAGGCAAUACUAGUUUCUCAAGGGGAUUGUUAUACAAAAUGUCAAUUUCUAAAGGGUGAAAAUACUAAGAAUAAAUUUCUGAAGGGAUGAGGGGAGCAUUACAUCAUUCGUUUAGGGAUUGUGAAUACAAUUCUUCGAUAGAGAGUGCUGUAAAACCUCCUUUCUGAAGGGGACAAAUAACAUUGCCACAUUUUUUUUGAGGGGUAUGGGGCACAAAUUAUACUUUUUCUUAGGGAUUCUAAGAAUCAAUGUUAAUUUCUGAACGGGGUUACAUUAGGAAAAUUUUUCUGAAGAGGUCCGCCAAAAUAGGGGAAGUGUAUAUUAAAUGGAAUGACCCUAUUUUUCUGAUACUCACUACCUAAAAUGUUGAAUUAGCAAUAUAUGAUUGGUACCGAAAGAAUAAGAUGCUGGCUGCAUCUAUAAAACCCACCAAUCUUACAUGUUAAAUUAAGUUCCAUUUACGCGUUGUUGUCUUCUCAGGGUAUUUUCAAGAGCGAACUACGCGAGGAGAUGUACUGUCAUCUUUGUAAUCAAACAUGGGGAAACCAAUCUGAUGUUAGCAACGAGCGUGGAUGGCUUCUGCUAGCAUUAUUUCUUUGUUGUUUUGCACCAUCAUCACGACUUUACAAACAUCUUCUCAAGUAAGCUGCAGUUAAUCUGUUUUACACUGUUCCGACAGUGGAUUCAUUUUCAUGAAAGCUUUUUUCUUAUGUAAAUUCAGGAUCUUCUCUUUCUCAUCAAUGAUCAAGCAGGGACAACUAAAACAGGAUAACACUAAUAUCAAGUGAACAGUAGGUUCAAUAUCGUGAAAUUAGGCAUUUUCACGCGUAGUCAGUACUGCAAGAAAAUAUUGUUGGUUUGAAUAAACCUAUUGCUUUCAUUUGAAUCCAUGUCACUCGUCGGAUGACUUCCUAAUAAAGGGAUAGUCAAGCUUUUUCAUUUGAAUGCAUGUCACGACAUGAAAAAAUAACCCAUGACUUAGAAGAAUCCAUACACUAAGGGCACCUUGUAAAGCAUGCAAUAGGCUAGUACUACGAGAAAACACUGAAAAAGCAUGCACCACCGAUUAUUAGUGAAAAGUGGUGCUAUACUUACUGUUUGCCGUAACCUUAGACUGAAAUUUGCUCAUUCAUUUUAGGUAUGUUUCUGACCAAGCUUACAAUGGCUACAAGAGCUAUUGUCAGCAUAAGCUACUGUGCUGGGACAUGAGUGGGUCGCCUGUGUCACGGUGUCACCCUCCCACUCGGCUUGAGUGGGAAGCUGCAAAACAGAAGGCAAAUAUGGCGGCUGAGUGCCACUUUCCGGACGGUAAGAGAUUCUUUACAUAAAAACUUUUGUCUCGGUUUUGUGUACGUUAAACUGAACUUAAGCAACGCUUGACGUUCGCCUGAGAAUCUGGGGCCAGCUGCUUAAUGUUGAAGGGCCAGCUAUAUCACGCUAUUUGCUAUCUUUUUAAAAGGCUAAAGCUAUUUUUACAUCAAUUGAAUUCCAAAAAUAAUAGUCCAUUUUUGUUAAAACUGUUUUCUGUCAUCUGGUGCAAUGGAUGGUAAGGGGACAUGAAUUGAAACUUCAAGUUUUAAUACUGUGUCUCCAAGAAUCACCAAAAAACGUUAUGGUUAGUGCUCCCUGGUCAAAUUUGUUUGGUAGUGCCUGGGUAAAGGUACGAAGUAAUGACCUCAGCACAGAAUUGAAUAAAAACAGCAAUAUCCUCGUGACAUAGCGCCUUUUACGUCUAAGGCUUAGCUUAUUCUAAAGUUAACAGUGAAAAUUUCAGCUGACUGAGUUCCAAGUAGUCAGCAGAGUUUUAUGUGGUGCCGUCAUAUCUUUUACACAGCAACUACCAAGUCAUUAAGUGUAUCUACCAAACUUAAGUUGUGAAGCUGUGUGUUUUUCCUGUAAUAUUUAUAUACCUGCCUCUUAUGUAGGAGAGAGAAGAACAGCGGAAGUUGAAUCUUGUACCACAGGAGAGCAGUUUGCUGCUUCAGUUCUCGAGGACAGGUGAGUGAAUCUCCCAGCACUCAAUUACUCUUGUUCUUAGCGGAGCUCUCCCGCGCGCGCAACGGAGCACCAUGGGUAAUAAAAUUUGGUUACGUGCGUCCAAGAAAUUUCGGCUGUGACAAAAUCGUACGUCCUUCCCCUCAUGUAAUGGAAUGUGAAAUAUCACUCUUACUAGCUUUUAGUCCAAAGCAUAUACAGUUUAUAUUCUCUGUUGUGGUCUGUGCAGUUUCACAUGACUGUAUCGCGGGCUUAGGUGUACAACUCAUUGAGGUGACGUGAUUUUUUAAGUUCAUCGCUGACCAGUUAUUGGUUUUCAAUUGGCAGGCUCAGAUCCAUUUUUUCAGGGGGAAUUCAGUUUCAUUCAUGCGAAAGUUGAUAGACAUUACUUAAACGAUCCCAGUAGAGAUCCGCUUUUGGCCUUGGCUAAAUCUAUAUAUAGUUAUAUUAUCUUGAUGGCUAGACAAUGAUGCAAACCUACUUUAUUUUUGGCUUUUUAGAGGAGUGGAGGAUCCAAAAGGUUGGAGCGUUGAUCUUGAGUGCAAUGACUGGACCUCUUCUCUUUGCGGCCGAGACUAUGUUCUGGAUCUUGUUUCUGAACUAGAGUAUCCUCCAGCCUUUCCUCUCUCUCAGUCUUCGUCACUGUUGUCAAUUAAACCAGGACGCACAGUUCCAGAGAGCCAGAUGAAGACGCUAUCUAAGUAACUUUUUUUCUUUAGUAUGAGUAGUGUAAUAAUCAGGGUUGUCACUAAGAUUUCAAGUUGCCGGGUAAAUACAACAACUAGGCGGGGAAUCAAACAGCUAGGAAUUUCUCGAGCAAGCGAACUCGGACCGUCUGAAAAUCGGAAUUUCCUUUGCUAGAAAGCACUUUUUAUUAUAGUCGCAGUUCUAUCCCUUAAACUGAUUUUUGUUUUUUAAUUUCCAGCCUGCACAUGCAGCAAGUUCGUGGAAAAAGCGUAGCAGAAAUUGCCUACAAAUUCUCCUUUGUUGAGCAUCAACGCACAUCGUCGUUAUCUAACCAUGCUCAGCGUGAAGAUGCUUUAAGUGCAGCCACAUCAGCAAGAUUGGCGGAAGCUAGUUACCUCGGCCAGGUGGAGGAUGGCCUGGUGCAGAGAACAAGGCUGGGAAGCAACACUGUCUUACCCCCUUCUCCUAGUGCUCAAGUAUUUGUUCCACCUCCUCCUCCACCCGCACCCGCGUUUAUUCCACCGCCCCCUCCCCCGCCGCCUCCAGUGAUGCCGCCACCUCAGGCAGUGGUGCUCAGAGGAAGAUCAAUCAAGAAAGGAGAAAAGAAAAAGCGAGAUAGUGGACCCCAGUUAUCUAUGGCUGAAGUUGUUGCUAAGGCGAAGAAAAUGCGUGAGGCGCGCGAAAAUGUGCUGUCGACCGGCAGCUCCGCCUCUGCGAAUCAAGAAAGCAAAGAGGAUCCGUUUGAGUCUGCGAUGCAAGCCCGAGUGGUACAGCUGAAGAGUAGAAGAGUUGAAGUUCAGCAGGGACCUCGGCAGGAGGAAGACAAUGAAAUGAUGAGGGAAAUGCGGCGCAAAGCCAAACGUGCAAGUCAGGCGUUUGUUGAAAAGGAAGAAAAAGAGGGUGUUACUAUCACUAUCGUGAAUGGCGGGUUAUCUGCAGUAAAUGGUGGAAGAGUUGUCUUGUCCUCCUCUUCCAGCAGAGGUACUGGAGACAGUGACUCGAUACAAUCAUCAGAAGGUUCCGACAAACUAGAGUCACCCAAAGAAGUCAAUGAUUUUGUGAACAGUUUGUUUGACCCUGUGCUUUCGCAAGGAGUCGAGGGAUUAUCAAGUGAGAUUGCGCUUCAGGGAGCUUUGAAAGGUGGCGGCGGAGUGAAUCAGCCCACAACGACGUCAGUGAAUACAUCUGCUUCAGGAACGUUCACAACGACAGCGGCAGUGAAUGGACAUCCUGUCGGUCAGGGAAAUGGGUAUCCUGCGUUUCCGAUGCAAGGGAAUGGGUACCCUGGGCUCAUUCCGGGAAUGGUACCCGCCGGAAUGUAUUAUGGCCUUCCGCAAACCAAUGGACCUAUGUUUCCUGCACCAAGUAUGGAUGCAGCAGUGCUAGCGGCUCAGCAACAGAUUCUUAUUGAGCGGCUGAUAGCACAACAGGCUCUUUUACAACAACAACAAACGGCUGCUACACAGAAACAGCAAGAGCAGCUGUUGCAGCUGGCGCAGCAGCAGCAAGCACAGUUAGAGCAGAUGCAGCAACUCCUUGCUGCUUCUGGCCAGCAGAGUCAGUUAGCUGCUGCAGGUCUAAAUCAGUCUAACGUGACCACGGGUAUUAAUACGGCGAGCGCUGCACAAUCGACUUCCGUCGCUAUUUCAAGUAUUCCUGUGAAUGGCCAUGCCGCUAGUGAGAACGGAGAAAAUGAUGAUACCAAAUUCCAAAUUCCACUACCUCCUCCGGAGUUUUCUGACACUAUUAGUUUGGAGUCAACUGAACUGUUUAUCCCUUCGUCACCGCCACCACCAUACCCCAUGUCAGAAGUCCAGGAGCAAUCAAUUACUGUUACAGAAACAUUCCCACCACCUCCAACUCCCUUAAUGGAAAACGCCGACACUGCAGACAAGGUGGAUGCGCCUCCGAGACCAGAGCUGAAGAGACGGUCUACUGAUAAGGUGGCCCUAGCGGUGGCCGCUUUGGAACUUAUAUCAGACGAGGUGCGAUCCCCGGGUCCCAUGUCACCAGUGAAACCUGGGGAACAAACGUUUAGUUUUACCAUGGAAACGUCUGCAAAGGAAAGGCCAGAGUUUCACAAAAGAGCGUCGUCUUCAAUGGGAUUUGUAUUAUUAUCGGACAAACAGAAUAAAACUGUGCUUCAUCCCAGAUGUACUGGACCUUAUUUGUCAUAUAACAAUGUCAAGUGGAGGUUUAACAUUCGCAAAGAGGUAGGCUGCAACUCGUGUACAAUUAGCCCUCUUUGUACAACUUGUUUACAAGUGCGAUGUAAACGCCACAAUGGCUUUAGCUUGAACGAAUCUGCUGCAGCUCAAAGCUUCGGCUAACGCGUUCAAUAUUGUCUUAACAACUUCAUAUCGCUAUCAGAGUACGGUGCAGUCUGCCAGAAACGACUGAAGAAAAAAUGAGCCGCGUUCAUUCGUAUCUCCUUUAAAUUUUUGCUUCCUGAAGUUCUGCGUUGACUUACGUAUUUGAAUUGCGAUGAACCAUUUUAAAUUAGCCUUUUAGAGUGCCCCUUUUUUAUUGUGGACAUAAUGUUUAUAAUAACAUAAUUUUUAUAUCUCUGCUUCAGCUGUUGUUUACAUAGGCUUCAAUUAAAGAAUUUGAGAUGCGAUAUUGUGACCGUCUGAUAGUCGUCCUCGCCGCCGAUUGGCUCAACUGUUAUACUGCAGGAACAUGUUUCAAAAUCGUGCGCACGCAGGUUCACAGCGUUCUUAAGAUAUUUUAUUUUGCCCUCAAGAUAUACACAUAAAAUGCGACUUGUCGGCGGGGGCUAAUUUGCCCCCUAAAUUCUGACUGAAAAAGUAUGGGCGCAGACAGACAGACUUACGUUUGGAACCUAUCUGAUGGCAUUCGUUUCCUAUCUCGGCCUUUAUAUUUGGCAUAGCCUGCGGGCAAUCUCUCCCCGGGCGCUCUGGCGGCGUACCCCCGGGAACCCCAGGAGAGCUUGCUUGCAGGCUAUAUUUGGCAGCACUGAAAGGGAACAGUGAAUUGAACGAAGGUGAAUGUUUUAUAUUGUUUUAGGUUUUUAUGGCAGAUGAGAAAGUCAGCAACAAUCUGGUUCAGCGCCUCAUUUUCCUACAGGUUAGUUUUGCUUUUUGAAGGGAACUUCCGUAUGGAAAAAAUACAGGGUUUGACCUUUGACAUGGUUUUUUAAACCUGGCUAAGGCCUCAGAAUCGCGAACUUAUAUUCUGCCACAUGUUAAUUUACCGUAAAAAUCGAGUGGUUUCUUGACCACCUGUUUGUUUUCAUUUUUGGUUCGAAUUCGAAGAGCCGUUCGUUACAAUCCCUUUAAUUCUGAGUCAUCAGGAUAUCUACCUGCUGUUCGGGAAAGGAGCCCACCAUCCUCCCCAAAAAGUGGGGACGGAGAAGAGGCGAGGCGACAUACACUAGAGUCUAGAGAGCGGCAGAAAUCGAGCCUUUAAUAACUAGUUCUUGUAUCAGCCUGCGUUAACGAGAUAUGAAGCACGCGUGGAGAGCACGAAAAAGGGGGUAGGGAUGCUUGAGGCGCAAAAUAAAAUUGGAAUGAUGGCAGAUUUUCCUCCAAAGGCAUAAAGCAUACCUCAGGUUCAUUCAUUGUAUUGAAAAUCUUAAUACUUUUGCGUUUAUAAGCGAGUGGGUGUGUUCACGUUGUGGUCUUUUCCUAACUGUCGUUAAAUGCGUAUUUUUUCCUUCAGAUCGUUCGAGAUGCUUAUUCUCAAUGCUGUUGUAAAAUGUCUAAAGAUGAUUGUGGAAGAAUGCAGUUAUUAUUACGUAAGUUUACUCUGUUUUCCGUAUCAUUAAAAUGAAAUACAAAUGUGUCAUUGAAGUGCGCUUUUGAAGAGUGUAAAAAUUAUGAUCUGUAAACCAUACACAAUAUUUCUUUUCCCUUCAUUCGGGGUUCGUGUCACUGCGUAAGAUGGUGAAUACGCUUCACAUCUUAAGCGUUGUUCUAGUGGUUUUUCGUAUCCGGAAGUUAACAGCCUCUAGCUUAGAACCCAUAAUAGUAUUUAGCAUACACAGUAGAGUUGAAAUUAGGAUACAUCCGCGUCAGAUAAUUGACUGACGCAUCAGCAGUAAACCAGUCGCAUUGAAUGUCUCGUGUGAUUGAAGCCAGAAUUGGUAUGUGAUGUUCUUGGUUUUUUUAUGCAGAGAAAUAUGGUAUUACCCCUGAGAGAUCUCAUUCCAGCUCGCCAGUGGAAACCAUGGUUAUUGAAGCGGCUAGGCAGCUCCCGCUGUACUUCAGUAGAUUUUUCGUUGUUAAGGUAAGCUAUCGCAGCUCAAGUCAUUUCUGGAGUCCCUUAUAAUGUCACCCAAUAAGUUGGUUUUUAUUCUGCUCAAUCAAGAGAAAAUUAAUCAGAAGUUGGAGUGUGAAAUCGUUGAAGAUGGUUACAAAUCCGUUUUCAGUCUUUGAGUAGAAACUUUAACUUUGGUGUAAACCUUUAAAUUUUAAAUAUCCAAUAAUUAAAAUAAAUAAAAAGGAAAGUACAGAAAAAUCUUCACGUUGUUCUCGUUGGAUAUUUAUGAGACAUUGGUUUCACUGUAGUUUUAUUUUCUUAAGUCAAAGAAAUCAUGCUGACACAGUUUCUGUUACUGGUGGUCGAAAACCACUACAAUCAUGCAAUUAGUUUAUGAAACCGCACGAAAAACCUUUUGAAAUACCGUAAAUUCUCUAUUUAGCCUCUCUCCCCCCCUUUUUUCAGGGGAAGAAAGUUAAGAAGCCCUCCCCCAAUUAUUCUUCACUAAUAAAUGAUAGACUGUAUUAAUCAAUCACUGAUACCAGAGGAUUUACGUUUCGUGCUUUUUUUCUUCCGCUAUUAACUCAGGGUCAGAAUGACAUCCCAGACGUACAUUACCUUGCUGUUUCUGAACAUGGUGUGAAAUUGGUGAAAAGAGACAAGAUAACAGACGAACUGGAAAUCUUAAGAGAGAUACCGUAAGAGCUUAACGUGUGCGCUACUACUUAUGAAGGAAGAAAAUCUGUGAACCAGAAGACUGUGUAGCAAGCUUUUAAGUGCGAAUUCAUUGAGGAAUUUGGAACGAAAAAAAUGGGGAAUGGGAAGGGAUAGAAAAGAAAAUCUCUCCCCCUUCCUUCUAUUUUUUCCUUUUUGUUCCAACUUUCUCAGCGCGAACUUGAACGGAAACGCUUGGUACGCAGGCUAGUAUAGUAAACUGGUUGCGGUCAUUACUCAAUACUCUUGGAAAGUACUCUCGGCAACAUAAGCCAGUUAUUCAACAAAACGCGGCGAUAUUAGCUGAGUUGGUAAAGCGCUGGUCUCUAGAGCAGGAGUCUCCGCAGCCGGACCAGUACUCGGAGUCUUCAUAACCUAGUAUAAUCGGCUUGACUUUCGUGUGACUCGGAUAAGCGUGUACAGUAGGCGAAUCUGUCCUAAGCAUUGACCGUAUCUACCGAUGACGUUACGACGUUUACUAAAGUAGCUGUGAUGUUUUCUUGGAAACUUCUGUCAUACGUAAAAUCCGAUCACUCCGUUAUCACGGUUUGUCUGGCCUGCGUGGCUCGUUUUGAUUAGUUAUUAGACUUAAUGUAAAACACUGCUAACAAUGCUUUGUGCUGUAGUCAUAAUGAUCUCAUUCUAGCAACUAGUAGCGGAUUUGGUGAAUUCGUUAUAAGUCACUCCAAAUUCCCAGUGAUUUUUGCUUAAAGUUCUGGUGGCGUUUUCUUGCAAAUUAAGUACUUUUAACAAGCAAAUUCUAUUUUUUCUUUAAAAUUUUAUGCUGUGAAAAGUUUGUUUCAUUGGAAACAGACUUAAUUUGACAAUUUUGUAAAUCUGUUUUCUUAAUGGAUAUUUCAUUCACUUCGUGUGUCAUUAAUUGUAGGUACAUGGAGCUGGUAAAGUUAAAGGCUGUAAAAGACAAAGUGACUUUCACAUUAACAAGGGAUGUUAAAGUUGUUCUUCAAGCUGACAGGGUUAGUUUGACAAAAUUGUUUCUAUUGACAGUCAGUUUUUCUGUUUUCCGUCCGUUGUUAAAGGUGGUCCCUUGUGUUGUCUGCUAAUUGAAAGCCACUUUUUUAGGCUGCAGAGAUCAAGCAGAUUGUUGAUACGUACUUGCGACAUUUAGAAGAGGUAAUUUAACAUUGUUCUUUCUUUAUUUUUUAUUUAUCAUUCUGCAUUCUUGACACUGAUUUCUUUGCAGAUUUCCACGUUCAAACAUACGCACGUUAGCUUCGUGUUACGUAUACUUAUUAAGGAAAAAACGUCUCGAAUACAAUAUUAUUCUCGAUUGAAGAGCUGGAAAUAUUGACAAACUCAAAAACGGACGCUUGUAAAUUACUGUGACGAUAAGCAUGUAAGGCAUCAUGAUUACUCCUAACGUGAAGCGAAAUUCAGCGUUAAUUUAUAAUUUCGCAUGACAAAUUGCAAAAUUAUCAUGGCAGCGUUCCGUAUAUCUGAAUACCAAGAUGGCGUCCACGUUUAAACAGUUUACGAAUGAAAGAGGUCAGAUGACUAAAAAACACUUGAUAUAAACCGAAACACAGCAAAGAACACAACAGGUAUUAAGUCCAAUCAUUUAGAAAAUUGUGAACUUUGAAGAACUUCGUCAAAAUGGAUCCUUUCAACUAAUCUCACUCGUCUCAAUAAUAUAUGAUUACACAAACGUUGAGUGAAAUCCUUAAAACCACUCCGCUGACCACCGAACUCAAUCUGUUUACUACAGGAAGUGAAGUACGUACGAGCUUUGUAUGAUCACGUGUCACCCGAACCUUCACUGCUUAACUUCAAGAAAGGUGACGUCAUCAAGAUUGUUCGUAAGGACGAUCUAAAGGAAGGCUGGGUAUUCGGGAUCUUUAACAACCAUGGCGGAUAUUUUCCUGAUGACUAUGUUACUCACAUUCAAGAGGUAGAAUGCGUUAUUUUUUAAUCCCUUUAAGCCCCAAUAGUGAUUAAAACCAAGUUUCUCCUUGUAAUUUUAAUACGUGGUCAAUCAGGAGGUUCAUGAAAAUCAAAUAUAUGGUAUAUGAUCUCCCACGAUAUUUUUACCAUACUCACAUUCAAGAGGUAGAAUGCGUUAUUUUUUUGUCCCUUUAAGCUACAAUAGUCAUUAAAACCAAGUUUCUCCUUGUAAUUUUAAUGCGUAGUCAAUCAGGAGGUUCAUGAAAAUCAAAUAUAUGGUAUAUGAUCUCCCACGAUAUUUUUACCAUAUUUUAUCAUGUUCUCCUCACUACUUUUAUGACAAACGUUAAGGAAAAGAAAGGGGAAUUUAUAUUUUAAUAUUGGAUUAUUACAGGGUUGAAAAGAUUGCGGGUUGAUCAUUUCAAAAUGUUUCAAAACGUUCCCUGGCUAAAAAUAUUAAAAAUUCAAACUUUCGACCACCUGAACUGCGGUCUGCAACGUGUCUUCAACAGAACUGGGUGGUCAGCGGAGUGUUUUCGCCCGUUGAAGAUUGUAAAUCGGGUGGUUGAAAGCUUGUAUUUUUUAACAUACUGAGCCGGAGAACGUUUUUUCAACAUUUUAAUUACAGGGUUAUAUGUUUGUCCACCGAGUCAAAGAUCUAAAACCAUGUUGAUAUCACGUUUGCGACUAAAGAAUUAAAGUCGACGAGAUGUCGCACAAACAGCCAAAAAAUAUGCAUUGCAGUAUUCUUUACAACGGUCAUGGGUUUUCAUGAGCGCAUGCAAGUCAUGGAAUUAAACGCCUUUGCGUUGAUCAAGUGGUUUGAAUGUAAGAAAGAACGCAUUGUGCAGUGAGGUUCAUAGUGUUAUUUACACACUGUUGACUUCAAAACUGGAAAACGUAAAAUAUAGCUGUUAAAGAUUUACAGUGGAUAACUUAAAUCCAAACUCUGGUACCACGUUUCUCCUUUUGAAUUUAAAGGGGCUUUAUCAUGCCAUUUGCAUUAUUUUUAAAAAGCUAAAACGUGUCCUCGCAUCAUCAAAAAUAAUGGUAAAGUUGUGUUAUUUGAGACUAUAUUUAGGCAUCGAAAUUGUUUCCUGUUAGACUACGAGCAGUCUCUCUUUUUUCUGUAGUCCGUCGAGCAACACGCGAGUCACGCAAAUGGCCACGUGCGUGACUGAAGGCGCAAGACGGGAGAGGCACGAAAAAAGAGUCUCAAACUCUUCUCGGGCUGCCGCGCGCGUGCACUGCUCUCACUAAAUCUAAAGAAAAAGAGAGACUGGUCGCUGUCUAUUUCCUGUCAUCUGUUGCUGCGGAUGGCAAGGAUGGACAUGGAUUGAAACUUGAAAAAGUUGGCCUAACGUUUUCAAGUUUGAAUACUUUGCCUACAAAAAUCACCAAAAAGGUAUUGUGGUUACUGCUCCCUAAUGAAAUUUGUUUCAUAUCUUCUUCAUAACUCUAACUAUAGAAGCAUUUUGUGAAUGGGUCAGAAGGCACCAAGUAAUGACUCCAGUACAGAAUUGACCUUAGUUCUCGUGACAUUGCCACUUUAAGCCUUAGGUGGCAUCAUAAGCACUGAUCUCAAGUUUGACAAGCGAACUAUUUCUUUCUGUAUUACUUUAGGAUCCGCAAGCUGUACGACCCAGCACCCUGAUGAGGAAAGCUGCUUCCGUAGGAAGUCUGCAUAACCUUGAUCCCAAUACACCGUUUCCAGGCGAGUCGCGCAGUCGCACAGGAAGUAUCAAGUCUAAUAGGUCUGACAAAUCGGACGAUGCUUCCGGUAAUCACUCUAUGAUGGAGUUUGCCAUGAAAUUCUUCAGAUUUGGAAGGUAAAUACUAUUUCACUACUAUGUCACGUUUCUUUUAAAAAAAAAUUGGUAACGUUUUCUUCACUUAGUCUCCCCGACCCGUGUUAUUGGGGAACUUUAAGGGACCUUGCGAUCCGAAACGGCGGCCCCAAUGAAAACGAUAAGCCGGCGUUGUCAAAAAACUCCACUCCGGGGAGCCCGAUACGCCGUUUACGUGGGAACGGACGGCUGAAACGGAGAGAAAAAUCUCCGUUUCUAAAAUAUCCGGGUACGUGUGGACAGUGCGACCUACAUUUGUCAUGUUAAGAAAUGAAUCCUCCAGUGCGCUAAUUCACGGCAGUUGUAGAUUCCGCCGGCUUUAGUUUGCUUCAUCUCGUUGAUUAAAAUCUGUAAUACUGAAUUUAUGUUCCAAAGGAUGUUCAGUUAAAUGCUGGUUUGUAAAUAUUGUUUACGCAGAGAAGCUGUUGUGAGAGGCGAAGAUGGUACUAUCCGUGGUACUGUGAAAGUCAAAGGAACUUUGGGCCGUUCAGCCAAAUGUACGUACCUAAAAGAUCUGAUUAUUGCUCGUGAAGAAUGCUACUUAACAGUGUUUCUAUUGACUGUUAAUUUAUCUCUGUUUCUUUUAUUCGCCCAAACAGCAACGCAAAAAAGGGAGAAGUCUGCUGGAUGGACAUGGGGCGGAUUAGCCGAACUAGUCAAGUUUAGCAGAGUGAGUUUAUUAUCAUUGUCAUUAUCGUUAAGUCAUGCAUUUGUAGCAUGCUUUGUCUCGAAUGUUGUUUGUGACUCUUGUGAUUAUGAGGUUGCUGAAACCAUAUUUAAUAAAGUGGAAUGGUUAGGAAGUCCGUGAGACUCUAGACUACGAGUAGUCCCCCAUUUUUCCUUAGAGAUAGUAGAGCGAGCGAAACGCGAACGCGCUUGAAAUUCACCCCACGCGAGAAAAGGCGACACGCCGCGUGUCGCCUAUCCCUGAGGAAAAAUGGGGGACUACUCGUAGUCUAGUGAGAGUCCUUUGUGGGCUGACGGCGCAUUCUUAUCAUUCAAAACUUGUUGAACAAAAGAAACAUCGCACUAAUUUAUUCCGUCACUCACUAACUCUGCUGAAACACAGCAAAGGGCAAACCGCUGACAUUUUGCUUAUUAUUCUUUUCCAGAUCCCUCUCCAAGCUUCACUUUUGAUGUUUGAAUCCCCUCAGUUGAACAAAUAUUCUGUUGAAACGUUUCAACGUAAGUUAUAUGCUGGUAGAUAUAUAUAUAGUUAGUGCUGUAGGGCUUUCAAGGAGUGUGGAAAUUCAAGUGCACCUCGUCGAAGAGAAGGAAUAAGAUAUUUAUUCCCAAUGAAACUGUUAGCUACAUUCUCGAGGUAGUGCAAUGGGUAUACAUUCUGGUUUUAGUAUGUUGAAUAACGGAUAUAAAAGGCAAUCAUCGUCGGUUACUUCUUCUAAGAGCGCCCAGCAUUACUUCGAGGUCACAAGACAUUUUAAAACUGUUUCCCGCCAAACGUUUCUUAGCGCGCGGUAACAUUGGAAAGUGUGCACCUUGAGAGGGUAGUAGUGCAUUGCAUCGGACAACAUUUCACACCUCUGCGUGCGUGAGGGAGCGGGAAGACGUCGCAUCUCGAUGUGCUGUCAAUUUAAUAAAACUAUUACAAGUGCAGCUGUUGUUUUCAGACUCUAAAACAAUGACUAGACUUGUAUGUUGCACUUGUUAAAGUUUUAUUAAAUUGACCCCUGGCUUCUUUUUUACGCACACGCGUGACUUGUCACGAUGUCCAGGUUAACGGACUUAUAAACCAGUUCUCCUUCUAUUUUCAGUGAUCAUGAAGUUCAUGGGUGACUUGCCUUUGUCCAAACAACAGAAAGAUACUGAUAUAGUGUUCACUUUGUUGAAGGUAAGCUUAAUGCUGUUUUCUUGUUUAUAGCUUGUCUGCGUUCUUUUAAUUCCUCUAUCCUUUACUUAAGGACUUCUAAUUUUUCUUUAAUUUUUCAUCAAUCUUCUUGGUUUAUAGAUGUGCCGUGAAAUUCCUGAUUUGAGCGACGAGGUUUAUUGUCAACUGGUAAAGCAAGUGACAAGUAAUAAAAGUCCAAAAUCGUAAGUUUUCCAGUGAUUUAUCGUUAUGUUUUAGUGCGGCUCUUCAGAGUCAUGUUGUGACUUUUUGCCUCGGCAUGGUCUCAGCAUAUCGCAACUUUCUGUCAACAAGAGUUCAAUGGUUUUCAACAAGCCAAAACUGCAAUCCGUAUUAAUUGACCUCUUUUUUGUCCAUCCGUGCCUUCGUUUGUGUUUGCUGUGAUAUGUAAAUGUUCCUUCACUGCUUUCAUGGGUUUUUCUUUAUAUCACCAAGAGAGACAAUUGGAUUGAGAGAGAAACGCUCAGUCUAUCCCUCGGGAUAUGUGAAUUUCACCAAAGGUAUUUUUAGGCCUAUUUUACGCUUGAAAUUAAUGGGAAGUUGGUUUCCGGAGAGGUCCGCAAACUUUAAUUCAGUGUUGUCAAGAGAGAAUUAUAGGACAUUAUCCUCACUUGGUGUGUCGCCAUUACAAUAUUCUGCAUGGUUUUCUUUGAGGCAGUCGCGCGUAGCCUUGUUGACAUUUCAAACGAUUAAACUGUGUAGACUUUCUGAGGAAUUAGACUUCAGUUAAAUUACAGCGUCUAAGAAUAACUUUAUUGAAAUUCACAUAUCCCGGCUAAUGCCCUAGGAUUCCCUUUCUUGCUCGUUUUUCUCUCUUGGUAUCACCCUAUUUGGUGGCAAGUUCUUGGCUAAAUUAUGUGACAUCGUGUCUCCUUUAACUGUGAAUUCGUUUUGGAUGUCAUUGUAGCGACAGUGCAAGUCGUGGCUGGCGGCUUCUGAUCAUUAUCACCGCUUACAUCAAGUGCACAGAGAGAUUUGAACCCUACUUGGUUAAGUUCUUACAGACCACUGCUGGAGACCCUAAGAGAGAGUUCCAUGGUAAGUGUUACCCCUCUUGAAUUACGCAGUUGUAACUCAACUUGACGUGAAUGACUGCCUUGAUUCUAUGAAGCUCGGCACUUAAGGUGCGGUCAGCAAGCAUCAAAUUCAUAUUUAAAAUAAUUAUGCUUAGCCAGAAAGGGUUGGAGUGAUCAGAAAUAAGGGCAUGAUCACUCUCAGUUGAGUUCAAUUGACAUUUUUAACAAUGGUUAUUUCCCUAAGGACGUCAGAGCCUUAUGAGAGGAGAAUAAGGGUUUUGAUCAGUGAGAACUCGAGGGAUCACCAGCACUUUUUUAAGUCAAGGGGAGCAGCAUCGUCCAAUUGACGAGGUUCAUAUAGCAGUCUACGAUUUAAGGUCCGCAUGAUUUCACUAGACAAAGGAAGGGUUAAAAACAAAUGAUACAAUGAAAUAAUGGUGUCUUGUUUUGAGGCGCAUUUUUUUUUACGUUUAAGGUGCUGCGGCAGCAUGCGAGAUGAAUCUGAUGAAGACUUUCAAGUAUGGGGGAAGAAAAACUCCGCCAACUAAAGACGAACUCAGCCAGCUUGUGGUGUGUAUUACAGCCUUCAAAUUGUUAAGUCACAAAAAACUUGUUCAAUUUGUACAACUUUAUUGUCCUUCUUUUCCAUUGAGACAGAACGUUUUUAGUUUAAGUAAUUACACUUUAAUGUGAAUUUCGAAUUUGUUAUAACUAUUUUUACAAAAAAAAAAAAAAAAAAAAAGGUUUUUGAACAUGUGUUCAUGUUUCUUCUUACAGCAAGGGCGUCAAACUAAACGGCAAGUUUUCCUUCUCCCUGGAUGUAAUCGAAUGUUGAAGGUUCAGACCAGCUCAGUAAGUUACUUCAUUCACGCUUGUUUUGCGGCUAAAUGAAAUUUAGGCUUAGUUAGACUCGAGAGAAUGCCUGCCAGCGGUCUUUACUUUGGUAUUAACGGGGGCGGUCCAAUAACUUCGCAGGGGUCGUUAGGAAUUCUGAAGCUUCUCUGUGGAGGUCAUGCUAUUACACUCGUGUCGGCUUUACGCUUAAUGAUAUUUAUCGAUAAUUUACGAUAUUGCUAUGGUCUUUUUUUUAGCGAGGCAUCUCAGUAUAGUAUAAUCAUUAUCUCUAGAAUAUAAAGGUUAGCUGAUCUGACAGACUGGAUAGCACAUCAAAAAAUACCAUUGAGAAGUGGUCGUACAUGAAGGUUUCGACUGUCCACAUUCUGUCUUGCAGCUAAAAGUUUAGAACCAUAAUAAAAUUCAAACUAUGAUAGUGAAAGGUGCAGUUCAAUCUUUUUUUUUCAGACUGGUUAUGAUAUUAUUAAGGAGAUUUGUGGCGACAUGGAUCUGACGUCUGAAAGCCAUUACAAAGAAUACGGCUUGUUCACCUACAUUGAAGCACGUAAGUUACCAAAGGUCGAAAGCAGACCAAAACGGAAUGAAAAACACUGGAAUCACUCAGCUGGUGUUGCAGUUCAAAGUUGUGUUUGGUUUGAAAAUUUACAAACCAGUUUGUACCCUUUGUUUUCUUUGUUUCAAAUUGUGUUAACGGUUCUGUGACGAGGGAAAAUACUGAAGGCCUAUAUUUUCAAACUAAAGAAAAAUUUGAAGCCUGCUUAAAAUGAGCCUGAAUAAAAUAGGUUUAUUUUUGAAGUAGUCUCAUGUUUAAAAACUGUGUUUUUUCGGGUGUUUUUGUUUAGUUUUCCCUUAAAGAUCCUCAUGAACUCGAACGCGCUUUCGUUUUCCUAGGUUGUCACGUUUUCCCUUCCCUUGUAGGAAUGGAGGCUCAACUUAACAGGGAUUGACUGCCAUUUUUCUCUCUUUUUCUGAAUAGAAAAUGUAAUGGUCGCCAUUCAGACGACGGAUUACAUUAUGGACGUAGUGAGCUCCAUGGAGAGACAGGGAAUCAAGUUCACUUUGUGUUUCCGCCGCGUCUUGUGGCUGCAGGGCCUGAGGCUUGACAACGAAUUGCUGGUCAACGUCGUCUACUUUCAGGUAAAUCCCGUCAAACUGGUUUUAUUACAGGCAGACCAUUCUAUUCGUAUGGCCACAAAUCUGAGCACCAAUUAUCUAAAGUGCAUUUACAGAGGAAAUGCAGAUGAACAUUACGGCGGUUCCAAUUUGCUCCAGAAUACAUUUGAAUGGAAAUGUUACGAGAUAAGUCCAAAUGAAAUGUUAACUUAGUCGCGCCAGUGUCAUAUUAUUUCGCCGUCGUGGAAGGAGUAAAUUUCCGCAUCACCGAAUUUCAGCAAAUUUCACUGAAGCCAGACAUUCACUGAUUUAAAGGUUUCUCGAAAUAACUCUGAAUAUGGGGUUACAGUUGCAUGUCUCGACAAAAAGCUAUAAAUUGUAGUAACUUAUAAAACCCCCUGUAAUGUGCUCUUGUUUGGUUGCUCUAACGACAAAUAAAUAAUAAAUCAAGGUUUUUGAACCCUUUUAAAUAAGUGCUUCAUCAGCCUCGUUUUCCCGGUCCUCACUGCACAUCAGGGAUCCUUAACUUAUUUUCCCCUCGAUUUCUGGCCAGCGUGCUCCGCGUUUACGCUCUAUCGUGGUCUCUAAUUACGCUAAAUACCUCUGAGAGUUGUUAUUUAAGCUCUACCCUCAUGUUUCCUAUUUUUACAAGUGGGUGUGUUAUCUGUAUACAGGUGCUGCCGGAUUACAUGGCGGGAUAUUUACUGGCAACUCAUGCUCGAUCAUUUAACGAUCCUCAGGUAAACCCAGCUGAAGAGCAUUUCUGUUUUAGUUAUUUUCAUUUGAAAUAAAGGGUUUUCUCUGCCUCCCCCUCCUCCGGCGCUUCGUAUUUGCAUAGAGGCGAGCGCGAAACGCGAGAGACUCGUGUCGAGGCGCAAUGGACCGUGGGAAGGAAAAAGAAGAGAGGUGAAGCGCCGUCUCGCCCGGCGUCUCCUUCCCGCCUUCCUUUGCGCGCAAAUUUUUCAUCCAGAGAGGGAGACGUCUGGGUGCGAAGAAGGGGUUGCCUCGUUUCUUUCCGUUCGUCUUCGAUGUAUUUCACAUAUCUAAUUUGGUUAUGUCCAUUCCACUCUUCCUUUUAUCCUUCAGUUUGCCUGGCCUUGACAAAUGCUUUUAUUUUAUUUCAGUUUCAGAAUCAGAUUGCAGAACUUGGUGCUCUUCAAUACCGAGCUCGUGAUGAGGCAGUUCUCCCAGCAAAUCUGUAUGUCCCAGUUCGUCUAUUUAUAGAACGAUAUCCCCGUGACUUAAUAAUGAAAUUCCAAUGCGCCCUCUAAAAAUGGGCAAAAGGUCAAAACGUCAUCCUUUGAACCCUUACGGUAGUUUUUAUUUUACUUUAUUUGCCACACAAUGAUUAAAAAAAACAGAGGAAAAGAGAGAAAAAAAAGAGAAUUGGCGAGGACACCUAACAGAAACUAUAGGAGCUUAUGAGAGGUUAGGCCUCCUCGAACAUUCAUUUUCUCGUAACAAUAUCAGAACAUAAUCAAGAGUAAAGGAGAAUUAAUAGAAUGAUCACUUUAGGGAAAAUUAUUUGAUCUUUUACCAAAUUCUCUUAACUGGUUCUUGAAAGAAGUGUAUGGAGAUAAGUCUGGAGAAUUUGUAUGUUGCUAUUGGGGUUUAUCGUACCACCCUCUCAACAUCGCGCCGGUUAAAUUAGGCGCGAUCUGUAGUCACCGAACUUAUUUAGGCUCUGCUUUUCUAUUUAGUUCUGAAGUGGAGCAUCUGAUUCCAAGAGGAAUGAAUGACAAGUUACGAGCUCAACAGUGGAUGAUACUCAUACAAGAUCACUAUCGCAGCUGUGUUUCAUUCUCCCCCCAUCAGGCACGCCGAAAGUUUCUUGGUAAGAACUUUGCACAAUCGGUCCCAUUAAUUGAAGCACCUGUAAACACCCGUGUACGACCACUUUCCCGGUUCUUCUUGUAUUGUCAUCAAUGUUAAAGGUUUUAGGUUUGACACCUACUAUGUGUAGGUGAAGAGAGCCUUUCAAACCAUACCCAAAUUAGGGCGAUUCAGUCAAACAGUCUUCGCAGGCUAAAAAAAAUGGAAGAAAGGUGAAACAGAAGGAGAGAAGAGAAAGUGAAAGGUGUAACUCGGUGGACGGUGUCACUAAAUGGUUGUCCUAUAACAUCAAUGUGCCGUUCCUAUACUGCUCUCUUGAUUGCUGAUAGUCUUACUCUGUCUUGCAGAAACUGUAACCAGGUGGCCUUACUUUGGGUCAACCUUUUUUGAAGUAAAGGUGAGUCUUGGAUUAGGUCACUAACAUGUCAUUCGGGAAUGAGUUGUAGACUGCGAGCAGUCUCGCUUUUCCUUCAGAUUUAGUGAGGGGAGUGCAAUCACGCGCGAGCGACGAAGACGCGAGAAGCGAGGAUGGCCGCGUUUUUCGCGCGAGGGACUAAGAGAGAGGAGACUGCUCGUAGUCUAAAUGUAUUGUACAGUUCUUGAGCAUGUUUUUGUUAGGUUGCUCAAUCUCGUUUUUACAUGGAGAGAGAGAAUAAGCCUUUCCCUGUACGAAUCUCAACCACCACAUGUGUGGGAAGCAGCAUGACCGAGUUACUACGGUCGUGGGUUCCAGGGGCCCGUUUCUCGAAAGUCCCGAUAAUGAACGGGCCCGGUAAGCUGUUGCCGUUUACAUUAAAGAUCGAGGUUUCAAUAGUUUUGCAUCUAGCAUGAUAAAACUAUCAGUUAGUGAAACAAAAUGGAGUAGUCUGCUAGCCAGGACCCGCGCUCUUAUUCUUUAUAUUUCGAUUUGAAUAUUUGAUUUCGGGCCCGAAAAGUUACCGGGACUUUCGAGAAACGGGCCCCAGGCCCGGUGUUCACCGCUAGCUGGAUUGGAUUGUUUCUCGGUAGUCCUGAGUUCAUUUUUUCGGCUACGCUUGUCAAAACCUCACGGUUUUCUUUCUACCUGUAAGAUAUUCUCAUGAAGUGUUAACAGCUUAAUACUAGAAUACUUAAAACUCAAUCACCUGCGAAGACAUUUACAACUCAGAACACGAUAUCAUUAAGAUAUAUAGGCUACUGUUACUCAAACUACGUAAAAGCUUAUCUACCUGACUGAGCAUUCACGUAACUUGUUUGAUUGCGUAUUAAUUUGUUUGUUUGUUUUAGAAAUGCAGUAACGCAGCUGUUGGCGGAGACUGUGUUUUAGCAGUCAACAAAACUGGAGUUCACUUUUUGAGUCAUGGAACUGUGGUGCGUAAUAAAACACUUUGCUUAAAUACUCUCUUGAUGAACAGAAUGUUCUAAGCAAUACUUUACAUAACAGCAGUGUGCAUGUAUUUAACCUACUCGUCAUCUUUUCUUCCAGCAAACGCUACUGAGCGAACCGUUUGUUAGUAUAAUUUCUACACGCCUGUUAAUCUCGGACAAGAAGAGACAGUUCUUAGAUCUGAAAAUUGGGAAUGUGAUGAUGCAGAAGGUAUCUCGAAUGGAGACUUCACAGGUUGGUAUUUUAUGGCAAGACUGCUUUCAGUCCGCCUUUUCUCUUAUACAGCUAAUCAUUUAAGCAGGUUGUCAGAAUUUAGCUGUUGCAGUCGCGACGGUGAAGAUAAACCUGUAUAGUGCUACGCGACCGCAAAAAGUUAUUGUCACGAGUACAUCUUUACUGUAGAGUUUCUCCUUUCCCAGAAUUCACAUUAAGUCCAUUCCACACUUCGUUUCACUUCACACGAGUGCUACGUGGCUAGCAUUAUGUUUACAUAUGAAAGUAAUUAGCCGUUCUUGUAAUGUACGCUCACACAUUCUGGUUAAAAACUCUCUUCCAGGCCAAAGAAAUAUCGAACCUGAUUUACAAGUACGUUGCCAUGUACUCGUCUGCCAAGCAAGAGGGCCAAGGACUUGCAGGGGUGUUGCGAAACAACCAGGAGGCCCAGCGAAUGUGAACACCUUCAAAUAGUGUGCCUUUAUGGUCUUCACUGUCUCAGCUGGUCAUCUGACUGCAAACUGUCACAAAUCUCGCACUAUUAUGGUGUCAAGAACCUGAGUACGGCUCGUUUAUUUUUGUAACUGGACGUUAGACAUUUGUGUUUUUGUGAUCCAGGUGAUGUCCACUAGAACAGACAGAGGUCUACUUUCUACGUGCAUCAUAAAGUGAAGCCAAUUCCUAUAGGAAAUUUAAUAUACAUAGUAUAACUGUACAAAGAAGACUGCUAGAAAUUCGUGCUACCCAUUUAUUAUCAGAUAUGAAUAGUAUAUAAAUUUGUAUUGAAAUACAUGAUAGGAAGAGGACUUCGCAGAUAACUGUAAAGUCGUCCAGAUAGUCAUUUGUCGAAAUUAAACUCCAACGUUUUAUGCCUUGAAUUGAACCCUCAAGGUAUUAUUCAUAAUUUGUUCAUUGAUAAGCAUAUUGUUACAUGUUUUUUUGUGCUUGACCACGUAUUGUUUUUUGUUGUUUUUGUAUUGUCCCAUGAAGAAAGAAAGGUAACGUUACUUUUCUGUUUGUAUUAUCGACGAUUUAGUUCAAAUAGAUGUUUUGUAACAUCUUUUUUUGCCCAGCAAGUCGUUUUCAGCUUAAGGGGUCCCUGAGGUAUAAUGUCCGUCUUCUGUUAUCCUGGGUAAUACUUUAAGAGUAGUUAACUUAGUUUGUCCUCAUUUAAUUUAAACUCGCAGAAUUUCGAAAAUAUAUCGUCAGUGGUAGUUUUGUCCUCACAUGGGGGAUGCCAUGCAAAACUUUUGAUAAAUUGGUAUGUAUUUUGUAAAGUAACUUGAGAAGCAAACGAUGUUCGUAGAACAUUUGCUAAUGGCACUAAUCGUCCCAAACACCUACUCUCGUUUUUGUUUUUGCUUUAUUAGUUGUUUUCCCUUUUUCUGUGGAAUCUCGUUAAUUUGUGGUGGAGUACAUUAACGUCAUAAGUUCAUACAUGAAUAAAACGUGUUGGAAUAUCUUUUGUUCGACGUAAAUCCUUUCAACCGCAAAUUAAUAAGAUUUCGCAUUAAAAAGAAAUUAAUAGAAAAAGAAAUGACCGUUUCUCUUCAGAUUUCGAUUCAAAUGAUGAAUCUGAAUGCAAGAUGAGAAUCUAUAUCUUAAUUUAGUGUAAAAGGAGUAUUUCGCGUAGGAAAAUGACAUUUAAAGAAGCUUAUGUUGCUUACUAAAUCUUCCGUUAAUGGUUAAAAGAAUGACAUUGACUGAAUGGGUAAAAAUUGGUAUUUUUGAUAAAGAAUAUGAAAUAAUGUAUUGUAUAAUCCAGAGGGUACUGCUCUACAAUUUGACGAAUUGUAGUUUGUAGAAAUUUUUUCUCGCAAGAGUAAAUUAUUUUUAAUUAUUAAGAUGUCAACGCGCAACAAUUUGUAGUAAUAAUACGAGACACGAGCACUUGCCAAAUGUAGUUUAAUGGCAGUUUUGUAGUGUGCAAGGUUAAUAUGAUAGUGUAGAAUAUAUGCAGAAAUUACCGCACAUAGACGCAAUAACAAAGCAGUAGGUUUUGUGUGAUGGAAAUGCUAUAAGUUGAAACUGAAUUUUUGAAUUUGUUUACGGUUUGUAUCCGCACAAGAACAUCAUAUUCCAUACGUAGACAAUAAAGGAAACUUAUAUACAGCGUUGUCCUUCAUGAUUUUAACAUAUAAGGAUC